CAGCGCUUUCUGGCGGCGUUACGCCCCUCCUACCCUGCGAAUCCUCCUAUCCUGACUCGCUGGGAAUCGCGGGGUCCCAACAUGGCAGACGGAGGUGCUUCGCAACUUGUGGGAAAAAGCGGAGGCAUCGUGAUCCCAGAUGACUGGCCAGGUUAUCCUCUGCAGCUGUUCUCCUAUCCAGAGCAUUACUCUCCUGAGGAUCUGGAAUGCGUCUACAUUCCUCACGGCAUCAUCAUGGACAGGAUUGAGCGUCUGGCAUGCACCAUAAUGGACGACCUGGGUGACCAUGACAUCGUACUGCUCUGCGUCCUCAAGGGAGGCUACCAGUUCUGCUCGGACCUGGUGGAGUUCAUCAAGGCCCUGAACCGCACCUCUGAGAAAUCCCUGCCUAUGAGGGUGGCUUUCAUCCGUCUGCACAGCUACCUGAACGACCAGUCCACAGAGGACCUUCAAAUAGUGGGAGCAGAAGACCUUUCUACGUUACGCGGGAAGAACAUCCUCAUCGUGGAGGGUAUAGUUGACACAGGCAAGACCAUGAAGGCUCUCAUGAAGCACAUUGAGGUUUUCCAGCCCAAGAUGGUGAAGGUGACUGGUUUGCUGGUGAAGAGGAUCCCCAGCGGAAUGGAGACCCUCCCUGACUAUGUUGGAUUCGAGAUCCCUAACCGCUUCGUGGUUGGCUACGCGCUGGACUACAACGAGUAUUUCCGGGACCUCAGUCACAUAUGCGUAAUCAGUGACACUGGAAAGAAAAAAUACAAGAUCUGAAUCUCGUGCCUUCCCAGAAGCCCUCGUCAACAAUUCCACUGUUACGACUAACCGCCUGUACCUGUGCGCUGCUACUCCACGUCCUGUGCUUUCUACGCUCCACGCGAGGCCGCCGGGAACCACAGGAGGAUUUGGCUGUUGCCGGCAGGGAUGAUACGUACGCAGCCAUUUACAGUUAACGCAAAUGUACAACUUAUCUGCACACUUUUGGCUGAUUGCGUCCAGCUUUAGGAGGCAAACUUUAACGAAUGCCAUGGACUGGUUAUGUUUUUAGUGAUGUUUUAAAUAUGUCUUACAUUUGGUUUUUAGUUUUGUUACAUUCCAGAAUUUUCUGAGCCUUGGUUAUUCUCUUGUGGUCUGUCUUUGCAGGAACAUUUUCUAACACAAACUGUUUAAUACUAAGAUAAGUUAAGAUGGACUUUAUCUUUUCUUUUGCAUACAGCAGCAAGUUAGGUAAAGAGCAGGAAAUCAUGCAGUGCAAAAUACGACAAAGUGCAAAUAAUGUAGACAAGUAAAUGUAGUUCAAAUAGGUUAAAGCACACAAUAUACAAUAACAAUAAUAGUAAUAGUACUACUAAUAAUAAAUUGCUGUAUGUAAAAGCUAAUUUAAAAAGUUUCAAUCAUGUAUGAAUGUCUUAACGGAAAACCACAUGAACAGCUCAGAAUAUUUUGUACACUUUUUAAUAUAAUUUUUUAGGUAGAUGAUAUCACGGGUUUCAUUUUCUACACCCUGACAAAGGGGGUUUUCAUGCAGUUCGGCGCUGAUGCUGGUGAAGCUGACUUUUCUUUGAAUCGGGGGGGGAAAGAAGCCCUCCGUCGCAAACGGUCUCUCACUGUGCCAAAGCUUAAUAACCUAGCUAGGUUACUGUGAUGGGGGUUAUACACUAUUUUAUUUUACUUGCUUAUAAUGUUCAGGCUGCUAGACAUCUAAAUGCUUUGGUUUUUCUGUGCUACAAUGACAUGUUAGGGCUAAUAAACAUAGCUGUGUGUUUUUUUUUUUU